ACAAAGGCGAUGUUGGGGUACUUUUCAGUUGCAAUCGAACCUCGUAAGGCAAUAAAGAAAAGAUAUGAGUUCCAUAAUUCAAGUGGGAUGCUUUCUGAUUGUUCUUGGAUGCAUUUUGGGGACAGGACUCGCCCAGAGUGAUGCCGAAUUCACAGCUAAGGCCCGUGAAAUGCUCGCAGUGUACGGUAAUCCCGCAGUCGACCAAAAUACUCAGUACCGAAAUCUUCCCCAAUUGGUUGAAUUCUAUGAGAAGUACUACGACCGCAUUCAUCUUACUGAUCAGGAACGGCAGCGUGCCAACGAGCUGCUGACGCGGUAUAGGACGGAAAAAGCCAAUCAAGUCUAUGUGGAUGGUGUGCCGGCACAGGGAGGAUUCCGCAGAACCGUGUUAACGGAAAUAGCUGUGGGCCUGGCUGUAUCGGCCGCCGGAGAAGUCUUAAAGAGAGCGUCGUCUUCCGGAAGCACCAUCCAAAUAAGUCGAGAAAUGGGAAUCCUUGGGAUUAUUUUCUUAAUCGCCAUUUACAAACUUAGGUCAAAGUUCUAAUAGACGUUACAGUUUAUAAUGUUUUAUUUUCUAAUUUUUGCAAAUUGAAGGUAAUGGACCAUUUCAUAAUAAACUGACAAAAAGAUUUAGCACA